CCACGUAGGAGUUCGGAUUCUCCACCCGAAUCGUCCUGAUUUCCCUUUGCCUCUCUUUUGGAAACGAGAGAGGUGGAGGGAGGCCACCAGGCUGCAAAGGAGAGAGAGGCCCGCCAAGUCUGCCCGCCUGCAAAGUGUUGCUUUGACACAUCCUCAUUAUGGAAGUUAAGUAAAAAUAUAUACAUAUUAAAAAAUAACUCCGGACGUGGAUUGCUACGGAGAAGGAAACCGGGGGAAAGAAAACCAGUAGGCAGGCCCAUGGUUUUUCGGCAGCGUGCUGGCAAGUUUGUGGAACACUUUCUAGGAAUUAGGUCUUUUCCUCCCCCUUCAUCAUCUUGACUUCUGAAGAAAGAACUUGGCUUUGGCUUGCAGUGGAGCCUAAGGAGAGAGGGUUAGACACACUUGAAUCAUCCCUCUGGCUGGGCUGCAUUUGCGGGAAUUUAGGAAGCCAGAGUGUUGGAAAUACAGCAGCCUUCGAAGUGCCCUCUGUUAAUUUGGAUGGAUCUAAACGUGCCCCGUUCAAGACCUUUCCACCGGCCCCUUCUGAUCUUGCGAUUUGCUCUUCUUGACUUUAAUUAGUAUCUAGGAAAGUCUAAAGUUUGGACCUACCUCUUUUUUUGAUACUUAUUUUUGUACUUUUGCUCUCUGGGAUUGGUUUCUUAAACAAUCUGGAUCCUUUUUAAUAUGUCAAAAUGAGUCUGCUGAUGUUUACACAACUAAUGCUCUGUGGAUUUUUAUAUGUUCGGGUUGAUGGAUCGCGUCUUCGCCAGGAAGACUUCCCCCCGCGGAUUGUGGAGCACCCUUCUGAUGUCAUCGUCUCGAAGGGAGAGCCCACGACUCUCAACUGUAAGGCGGAGGGCCGGCCAACGCCCACCAUUGAGUGGUACAAGGAUGGGGAGCGAGUGGAGACUGACAAGGACGAUCCCCGGUCCCACAGGAUGCUUCUGCCCAGCGGAUCCUUAUUCUUCUUGCGCAUCGUGCAUGGGCGCAGAAGUAAACCUGAUGAAGGAAGCUACGUCUGUGUUGCAAGGAACUAUCUUGGUGAAGCAGUGAGUCGAAAUGCAUCUCUGGAAGUGGCAUUGUUACGAGAUGACUUCCGACAAAACCCCACAGAUGUUGUAGUGGCAGCUGGAGAGCCUGCAAUCCUGGAGUGCCAGCCUCCCCGGGGACACCCAGAACCCACCAUCUACUGGAAAAAAGACAAAGUUCGAAUUGAUGACAAGGAAGAAAGAAUAAGCAUCCGUGGUGGAAAACUGAUGAUCUCCAAUACCAGGAAAAGUGAUGCAGGGAUGUAUACUUGUGUUGGUACCAACAUGGUGGGAGAAAGGGACAGUGACCCAGCAGAGCUGACUGUCUUUGAACGACCCACAUUUCUCAGGAGGCCAAUUAACCAGGUGGUACUGGAGGAAGAAGCUGUAGAAUUUCGUUGUCAAGUCCAAGGAGAUCCUCAACCAACUGUGAGGUGGAAAAAGGAUGAUGCAGACUUGCCAAGAGGAAGGUAUGACAUCAAAGAUGAUUACACACUAAGAAUUAAAAAGACCAUGAGUACAGAUGAAGGCACCUAUAUGUGCAUUGCUGAGAAUCGGGUUGGAAAAAUGGAAGCCUCUGCUACGCUCACCGUCCGAGCUCGCCCUGUUGCUCCCCCACAGUUUGUGGUUCGGCCAAGAGAUCAGAUUGUGGCUCAAGGCCGGACGGUGACAUUUCCCUGUGAAACGAAAGGAAACCCACAGCCAGCUGUUUUCUGGCAGAAAGAAGGCAGCCAGAACCUACUUUUCCCAAACCAACCCCAGCAGCCCAACAGUAGAUGCUCAGUGUCACCAACUGGAGACCUCACAAUCACCAACAUUCAACGUUCCGACGCGGGUUACUACAUCUGCCAGGCUUUAACUGUGGCAGGAAGCAUUUUAGCAAAAGCUCAGCUGGAGGUUACUGAUGUUUUGACAGAUAGACCCCCACCUAUAAUUCUACAAGGCCCAGCCAACCAAACACUGGCAGUGGAUGGCACAGCAUUACUGAAAUGUAAAGCCACUGGCGAUCCUCUUCCUGUAAUUAGCUGGUUAAAGGAGGGAUUUACUUUUCUGAGUAGAGAUCCAAGAGCAACAAUUCAAGAGCAAGGCACACUGCAGAUUAAGAAUUUGCGGAUUUCUGAUACUGGCACUUACACUUGUGUGGCUACAAGUUCAAGUGGAGAGACUUCCUGGAGUGCAGUGCUGGACGUGACAGAAUCUGGAGCAACAAUCAGUAAAAAUUAUGAUUUAAAUGACCUGCCAGGGCCACCAUCCAAACCUCAGGUCACUGAUGUUACUAAGAACAGUGUCACCUUGUCCUGGCAACCAGGUACCCCUGGAACCCUUCCAGCAAGUGCAUAUAUCAUUGAGGCUUUCAGCCAAUCAGUGAGCAAUAGCUGGCAGACCGUGGCAAACCAUGUAAAGACCACCCUCUAUACUGUAAGAGGACUGCGGCCCAAUACAAUCUACUUAUUCAUGGUCAGAGCGAUCAACCCCCAAGGCCUCAGUGACCCAAGUCCCAUGUCAGAUCCUGUGCGCACACAAGAUAUCAGCCCACCAGCACAAGGAGUGGACCACAGGCAAGUGCAGAAAGAACUAGGAGAUGUCCUUGUCCGUCUUCAUAAUCCAGUUGUACUGACUCCCACCACUGUUCAGGUCACAUGGACGGUUGAUCGCCAACCCCAGUUUAUCCAAGGCUACCGAGUGAUGUAUCGUCAGACUUCAGGUCUGCAGGCGACAUCUUCAUGGCAGAAUUUAGAUGCCAAAGUCCCAACUGAACGAAGUGCUGUCUUAGUCAACCUGAAAAAGGGGGUGACUUAUGAAAUUAAAGUACGGCCAUAUUUUAAUGAGUUCCAAGGAAUGGAUAGUGAAUCUAAAACGGUUCGUACUACUGAAGAAGCCCCAAGUGCCCCUCCACAGUCUGUCACUGUACUGACAGUUGGAAGCUACAAUAGCACAAGUAUUAGUGUUUCCUGGGAUCCUCCUCCUCCAGAUCACCAGAAUGGAAUUCUCCAAGAAUACAAGAUCUGGUGUCUGGGAAAUGAAACACGAUUCCAUAUCAACAAAACUGUGGAUGCAGCCAUUCGGUCUGUAAUAAUCGGUGGAUUGUUCCCAGGUAUUCAAUACCGGGUAGAGGUUGCAGCUAGUACCAGUGCAGGGGUUGGAGUAAAAAGUGAGCCGCAGCCAAUAAUCAUCGGGAGACGUAAUGAAGUUGUCAUUACUGAAAACAAUAACAGCAUAACUGAGCAAAUCACUGACGUGGUGAAGCAACCGGCCUUUAUUGCUGGUAUUGGUGGUGCCUGCUGGGUAAUUUUGAUGGGUUUUAGCAUAUGGUUGUAUUGGAGAAGAAAGAAGAGGAAGGGACUCAGUAACUAUGCUGUUACGUUUCAAAGAGGAGAUGGAGGACUAAUGACCAACGGAAGCCGUCCAGGUCUUCUAAAUGCUGGUGAUCCCAGCUAUCCAUGGCUUGCUGAUUCUUGGCCAGCCACAAGCUUGCCAGUAAAUAAUAGUAAUAGUGGCCCAAAUGAUAUUGGAAAUUUUGGCCGUGGAGAUGUGCUGCCACCAGUUCCAGGCCAAGGGGAUAAAACAGCAACGAUGCUCUCGGAUGGAGCCAUUUAUAGCAGCAUUGACUUCACUACCAAAACCACUUACAACAGUUCCAGCCAGAUAACACAGGCCACCCCAUAUGCCACGACGCAGAUCUUGCAUUCCAACAGCAUACAUGAAUUGGCUGUCGAUCUGCCUGAUCCACAGUGGAAAAGCUCAAUUCAGCAAAAAACAGAUCUGAUGGGAUUCGGUUAUUCUCUACCUGAUCAGAACAAAGGUAACAACGCCUUACUUUACAUUCCUGACUACCGAUUGGCUGAGGGAUUGUCUAAUAGAAUGCCACACAACCAGUCUCAGGAUUUCAGCACCACCAGCUCUCACAACAGCUCAGAAAGGAGUGGCAGUCUCUCAGGUGGGAAAGGUGGAAAAAAGAAGAAAAAUAAAAACUCUUCUAAACCACAGAAAAACAAUGGAUCCACUUGGGCCAAUGUCCCUCUACCUCCUCCCCCAGUACAGCCCCUUCCUGGUACAGAGCUGGAACACUAUGCGGCAGAACAACAAGAAAAUGGCUAUGACAGUGAUAGCUGGUGCCCACCAUUGCCAGUACAAACUUACUUACAUCAAGGUCUGGAAGAUGAACUGGAAGAAGAUGAUGAUAGGGUCCCAACACCUCCUGUCCGAGGCGUGGCUUCUUCUCCUGCUAUCUCCUUUGGACAGCAGUCCACUGCAACUCUUACUCCAUCCCCACGGGAAGAGAUGCAACCCAUGCUGCAGGCUCACCUGGAUGAGUUGACAAGAGCCUAUCAGUUUGAUAUAGCAAAACAAACAUGGCACAUUCAAAGCAAUAAUCAACCUCCACAGCCUCCGGUUCCACCAUUAGGUUAUGUGUCCGGAGCCUUGAUUUCUGAUUUGGAAACAGAUGUUCCAGAUGAUGAUGCUGACGACGAAGAGGAAGCUUUAGAAAUCCCCAGGCCCCUGAGAGCGCUGGACCAGACUCCUGGAUCCAGUAUGGACAAUCUAGACAGCUCGGUGACAGGUUCAAUGGUAAAUGGAUGGGGCUCUGCAUCUGAUGAGGAUCGUAACUUUUCUAGUCAUAGAUCUAGUGUAGGUAGCUCCUCCGAUGGCUCUAUCUUUGCCAGCGGCAGUUUUGCACAAGCACUGGUGGCAGCAGCAGAUAAAGCUGGUUUUAGGCUGGAUGGAACCAGCCUUACAAGAACAGGAAAAGCCUUUACCUCCUCUCAAAGACCUCGACCUACCAGCCCAUUUUCUACUGACAGUAACACCAGUGCAGCCGUGAGUCAAAGUCAGAGGCCUCGGCCCACUAAGAAACACAAGGGAGGGCGGAUGGACCAACAACCAGCAUUGCCUCAUCGAAGGGAAGGAAUGACAGAUGAUCUUCCACCACCACCAGAUCCCCCGCCAGGUCAGGGUCUCAGGCAGCAGAUAGGCUCGAGCCAGCAGGCUGGUAACGUGGAAAACUCAACAGAGAGAAAAGGAAGCUCUCUGGAGAGACAACACGCAUCCGCCCUAGAAGACACAAAGAGCUCACUGGAUGGUCCAACUAGAACCUCCCUAGAAUGGCAGCGGCAAACCCAGGAACGGAUAAGCUCCACAGAACGACAGGAAGAGACACGGAAAGCCCCACACAGACAAGGGGUCGGAUCAGAGGAGGCCUUGGUGCCCUAUAGCAAACCCAGUUUCCCAUCUCCAGGCGGCCACAGCUCAUCAGGCACAGCUUCUUCUAAGGGAUCCACUGGACCUAGGAAAGCUGAGGUGUUGAGAGCAGGCCACCAGCGCAAUGCCAGCGACCUUCUUGACAUAGGAUACAUGGGCUCCAACAGUCAAGGACAGUUUACAGGUGAAUUAUAGUAACUGAGAGGAGACAUACAAAGCUGCUCUGAAGGACCAUCAGGUCCGAACUCAUGGAAGUGAUGACACUAAACAGUGCAAUGAACAAUUUCUUUAUUUAUGUACUAUUAAAAGAACUGUAAAUGCAAUGUAAAGACACACAGCCACACAUAUCCCACAGAUAUUUUAAUUGUGUUCUUCUCUUAAGUACACCACCCACCUUAACUCUUUCUUGUCAGGAGUAUAUAAAAAAGAAAGAAAACAAAACUCGCCCUACAGGAAGAAAAGGAUUUUCCUCUGUAUAUAAUUUCUUUUGUGCAUUGCUAUGCAAGCUCACUCUUUUUAGCUCUGUUCAUAUUAUUGUCUGUUCUUAUUGGUCUGUUGUACUAUAUGUGAAUUAAUAGGCUGUGGUGCCAUAUAUUAACUUUUAAUUGUGUAACUUUUAUGUUUAAAUUUUGCACUGCAAUUUUAUUUGGUGAUAAGCACAAGUCUCUACUCCUCGUGACAUGAAGAAAAAGACUGAAUGUGAAGGGAGUUUCUGUACUGUAAGCUAGAUUGGAUAAUGAUGGUUGUAACAAAUCAUGUUAGAUGGUUUUCAGUUGGGGUGUAGAAAUAGGAAGAUGCAAAGGAACAAUGGUGUUGGCAAAGUCUUCUUUGAAUAUCAGGGACUGAGUCAAUUAAAAAUAGUAGAAAGGUGGCUUUUACUAUUGACAAAAGCAGGGGUCAAAAAAAGUAGUUUGUCUUAAGACUGAAUAUGCAUUAAAGUAUGCAGGUAGCAAAGAUGUAAUAAAUUUGCUUAAAAAAAGAAAUUAAAGUUUUAUUUAGAAUCAAUUUUGCCUGUCAUUGUAAUUGACCCAUCUGAGAAUUACAAUAAGCAAGAGGAAAUUAAGGUGUUUUGCAAGAGCUGUAUUUAUAUUACAGUUUUUUAAAAACAUUUUCUGAAUUAUCAUAAUUAAGCUCUCCAACUCAUUAAGUCAGAAUAUAAUAUGAAGUUCCCCAAGGAAAUGAACAAAAUGAACUCUAGAAUAUCUAGCAAAUAGUUAAAGAAGCAAUUUAUUAUUAGGGCAUACUCGGGCUGUUUCAAAAUAUAAACUCUAUUGCAAUAUCUUAUUUCAUCUUUCUAAUACAUGUACAGUACACACUAGAGGAUAGAGCUGCAUCACUUAAAUUCAUGACUUAAAAAAAAUACAGUCUAUAUACAAUUUGUGUUUUAUUUGAUUAAGAAGUGAAGUUUAUGCCACCCAGUGUAUAGCCAAAUUGUACGUGCUUAAAAAGCAGUGCUGAGAGUAUGUUCAGUUCACAGUAAGUAGAUUUAUUGGAAUAAAUAUUUUGUGGUACAUCCUCAGAAAUUGGCUUCCGACUAAAAUACGUUUGACCCAUUUUGAAUAAGGGAAUUGAAAAGAAAAGUUUAAAAGGAGAAAAAAAAAUGCAUGUUUAUAAACUUUUUAAAUAAAACCAGACCUUGUAAGUGGACAUUAAUAAUUGUCCUGCCUCAUUUGUUUUCAUGACUUUGACAACAAGAAAUUCCUGGACAUUGGUCAUGUAUGCUCAGAAUAAAUGUGACUUUGAAAUAUGUGUUAGCUACUGUACAUGUAUAGUCAGUCAAGUAGAAGAGGACCUUCCUGAAAUUCCCACUUGUGACAUUUUCCCAUGUGUUUCCUACGCAAUCUUAAAUUUUAUUUCUGUCUAUACUUUCUCAAAUUUUUCCUAUGAUAAGUUCAGUUGUUGGUACUCUUCUAAAAAUGUUCAACGUAAUUAGGAUCAGUUCUAAAAUAUGGGACCCUUCUGAGUGACAAUUCGCACUCCAUGCAUUAUUGGCUCAGUAACCAAUUUAUGUCAUGUCGUUAUAACAAAGGGAUGACAUGAUUAAAUAUUUCCGUCUUUUUUAUUCCCUGAGACUGCAUCAGCACAGGCAAGUAUAGAACGUAAUGUUCUUCAUGGGCCCCACCAGCUUUACGGUACCAUGUAAUUUAUUUCUUCACUGAAGAGAAAAGGAAUUCUGAGACACAGUUAUUAAACCCUUUAUCAACUUUCUACUAUCAGUGCCUGAAUUCUAAUGCGGUGGGAUUUCUCUGGGACAAAGAGACUGAGGAAGAUGAAAAGUUUCUGCCAAGAGUGAAUACAUACUUAUUCACAACUCUAGGAUGUGAGGACUUUAAAGAUCUCUUUAUGCAGUUCCCUACUUAACCUCUUUCUAUUUAAAGGCAAACAAAUUUUGAAGAGGUUUUGUGUUCCCUCUUUGUGUUUCUCUAUGACCUAGUUUAGUCUAAAACCUUAGUUCAUUACAUAUAGAACACAUAGCCUUUGAUCCCUGGUAACUGGCAGGUGUAGGCGAUUAAUAAACCAAGGCUUCAAAGUGAAGUAUGCAUAUGCAGAUGACUUUUGGAAUAAUGUGGGCAUAGCAUCAUACCUUCCUGAUUGUCUUCAGCAUCUAAAAAUUAACUGUUACAGUUAAAAUUCUGUCAGUGCAGACCUUGUGGUUACUUGGAAUGUUCUUUUAGACUAGUCCAUGUUGCCUAUUACACCUAGUUUUAAACACAUUGGGCAGUCACAUUAUGCACUCAAAAUAUCACCCGCAGGUAGAUUGAGGGCAAGAUGAAAUGCUGUAGCUAUACAAAGGAAUUCAGAAACAUUAUUAGAAAUCAAAAGCCUUUGUCAACUUGCUACAUGUAAAAAGCUACUGAUCAGUGUAGUCAGAUGUCAACAGAAAAAUACAAAUACCUAUGAGAGCCACAGCAGUUUUUCAUUUCAUAGCCGAUUCAAUGAAUGUGAUUAGAAAUUCACUGAGCUCACUCUUACAGGUCCACACAGAGGCCUGCAUAAGGACUGCAAAAGGAAAUCUGGGUGGGAGAGAAUGUAAUCUGAUCUUGCACUCAUAGGCAAUGCUGCUAUGUAGUCAUGCCCAACACAAGCACAGCUUCAUUCGUAACAGGAAAAGUCUUCCUUGGGAAAAUAGCUGUAUUGGUGCCCAAACUCAGGUAUGCCAAUGUAUGCAGGUGGAGUCGCCCUACCCCUCUUCCAGACAUGUUCUGUGAGACUUUUAAAAUAAGGUGGGAUAGUACAGGGGCAUGAAAAGAAUUGAUUCCCUCACAGGAUUUGAAUUCAGUUCAAUGGAGAAUGCAGAAAAUUCAAAACCAACAUACAAGGUAUCACACAACCAAGAAAAGUAAAACCACUGCAAGUUUACUUGCUUUGAGUACAAAACAGAUUUAAUGGUGUUCUCUGUCAUAGUUUAAUGCUCUCAGUAUUUAAAGAUGUUUUCAACAGGAUUUGAAUUGCAAGUCUGUAAUGUGCUUUGAUGGAACACCACCCAAUUUCUAUUCAAUAAAUUUAUGUAAUUGUCCAUUGACAAUCUGAUGAUAACAGUACCAUUGAACUCUAAACUGUGAUUUAUCUUCGCUACUGGGAAGCAAGUGUGCAUCCAUAUUAAAGAUAUGCAGAGACAUAACGUUCACUAAUUUGUUCAUCUGCUUCUGUCUAUUGUUUAUGGAAUUACAUGGCAAGAACUGUUGUAAAGCAACAUGUCUCUCCACAUUAUUUUAGCGGUGAAAUUACUUCCGUUUUGCUUCUCUAUAAUGUGUACUUCAAAUGAAACACCAUCCUUUUUUUAAAAAACUGAUGUUCAAUUUACUAAUUUUUUAAAAAUCUCAUAAUUUCAAAAGCAUUUGUUGUGAUUUUAAAGUGUUGCAAGAAAAGGGAUUUUGUGGCCGUGGGUAGACUUUUUAUACUUUGUUUUAUAGAUGGAUUUUUUUUUAACUGUAGUUUGUUUAAGUCACCAAGCAGUGUCCAAAAUCUUAAUGUGUUUCAUUUGAUGUUGUUAGAUCAGAGAAGAAAUUGGCAUAAAAUCGGUUAAUAGUAUUGUCAAAGAAUUGUGUAUUGUGUACUCACUGGGAAAAAAUAAAAUAUAUUCACAUUUCAAA